AUGUCUUUUGAGCCUGAAGUCGUGUCUGCUCCAGGUAUUUGUACACAGCGUCAAGUAGAUGCGUUGUAUGCUGCACCCAAGUAUUUUGGUAAAGGUGUAGCUCAACAAGCAAUUAUUGCAACGGGAAUUACAGUCAGCUAUGCUGUGCUAGAGUGGCCACCCAUGAAUGCAGCUGUUGGGGUCGAAGAGGUGGUGCUUAUUGCUGGUUUCAUGCAGCCCAAAGACACAUGGGCACAUUUUAUCGACUCAAUGUUGCCUCAAUGGAAUCAAAAGCAGCGUGGUGUUGGUCUGAGUAUUCUAGUAAUGGACAACCGAGGUUUUGGUGGGACCGACGCACCCUUUGGAAUGUACUCGACGCGUAUUAUGGCAGAAGAUGUUCUUGCACUAAUGGACCAUCUUAGCUGGCAAUCAGCGCACAUUGUUGGUGGAAGCAUGGGUGGCAUGAUUGCUCAGGAGCUAGCAUUGCUUGAUCUUCGACGGGUGCGAUCAUUGACACUUGUUUCAACCAGUCGUGAUAGAUACAAGGCGAGUGGACGGUCCUUGGGAUUAAUGGUACGCAAAACAUUCUCAUUUACGGUGCCAGCGAAGGCAAACAGCAUGGUUGAGACACUAUUUCCACAAGAAUAUCUAACCAAAACAAGAAUAGCUGAAACAAACGAAAGCGUACGUGGUGCAAUAGCUCAUAUGUAUGAGUUGCAGUUACAGCGGUGGCCGGAACCAGGUCUCAGCGGUGUCAUGGGCCAGACUGCCGCAGUCCAGACGCAUUACGUAUCGGACGAGAGGCUACACGAUAUCAAUAACGCCGGUUUUCCCAUUCUGAUCGUCAGUGCCAUGCUAGACGACGUUAUUCCCGCGGCCGAGUCCAUUGUGCUUAAAGAGCAUCUAAGUGGUGAUCACGUCCACACGCUGUUCUUUGACAUCGGUGGACACGGUGCAAUCUGCCAAUACGCAGAUGAAAUCGCUGAUGAAUUGAUCGAAACAAUGAAGCGAGCGUUACCGCCAUUGUGA